AUGUAUCAUAGAACCAGAGCUUCCUCCGUCCAUUAUCCGAUCGCUAAGAAGACCAAGGAUUCUAGCAAUGGGAUGAUAAACUUGGCGGAGGUUGGAGGACCACCACCUCUCAUCGGCGGCGGCGGAUCAGGAGCGGCGCAUCCGCAGCUGAUGCCAGCACCGGUCAUUGCCGGCAACGGCAUCACAAUGAUGGGCCACCAACAGCAGCAGCAGCAACAGCAACAACAGCAACAACACCAUCAUCAUACGCCGCUUCAGCAGUCACAGCAUCACCCGCCGCAGCAGCAACAGCGCAACUCGUCGCAUCAGUUGCCCCCGUCGGGAAUGCAUCUGCCACCGCCAGGCGUCCCCCCGGUGGGGCCACCACCGCCCCCACAGAACCGUUCGUCGGCCCGCGAACGGACCAUGCACGCGGUCGAGUACUACCGGUCGAAUGUCCGGCGCGCCCGGGUUGACGCCAAUCUGGUGCGGAACUCGCUGCACGAGCGCUACUCUUACGCCCAGCGGCAGAUGGGCGCACUGGGUCCGGGGCCGCCAAAGCUUGGUCCGUCGCAUGGCCACACGACGGAUCACCUGUACCGGAGCAACUCGAGCCUGGAGUUGAUCCACGAUCAUGGCGGCGGACCGGGCCACGAUCAUCUGUCACCGGGUGGCCCGGGAACUGGCGGCGGUGGUGGUGGUACGAACCUGAGGCGAGAGUACGGCAGCCACGGGUCGAUCGAUGUGAUAUCAUCCGAUCGUCAUCACAAUCAUCACAAUCAUCACCACCAUCAGCCACUGUCGGAGACGCCGGGCGAGAAGUUUCUGUCGAUGCUGCAAGAGUACCAACCGUUCGGUUUGGUGGACGCCUCGUCGUUGAUCUACUCGCUGAACAAGCAUCACGGCCACAGUCACACAAACGGUGGCACGACCGGCGGAUCGACGGUGGUUGUCAGCAACGGAACAGAAGACGUCGUGGACCGAGGCGGCGGUGGUGCAAACGCUAGUCCGAAGCUACGCAACAAAUUCCACCGCCUCUGGUCAUCCAGUACCAAUGGGGGGGCCUCGAACGGUAAACAGUCGCGCUCGCAGCAAGGAUCCGCUGCGGGCGCCGCGCAGAGUGCCGCCAGCACUGGCUCCUCGCUGGAUGACAGUCAGCUGUGUUUGGGGUUGAACGUGAGUGCGAGUUCCACAACGACGACUGUUUCGUCGGCCGACAUCGAGGAACGGCAGCGAAGACGCGCGUUCGCCCACUUCGACUGCCGCUCGCUGACCGCCAACCUGGGGUACGCGGCCAAAUUGCGCGGCUUUCUGCUGGAGCGCCGCCGCAACACGACCACCGGUGCAUCGGCGGCCGCCACCUACGGAACGCGCUCGUCCACACCGGACGGCACCGGUGGCGCUGGCACUGCCCCUAGCGGUGAGGGCGUGGACGAGGACUACGGUGAUGGGCAGCAGAAUGAGCUGCUCGAGAACUGUCCCUUUUUCCGCAACGAGAUCGGUGGUGAAGAGGAGCGCGAAGUGUGCCUGACGCGGAUGCAAGCGGCAGGCACCGGAGGGGGGAAUGCCGGCACGGCCGCAAAGCAGCAGCGAGCGAUCCAUCGGCCAGCGCUGGCGUACGGCGUUUCGGUGUUGGAGUGCGGCCCGAACGAAACGCUCUGGAAGGGUAACACUUGCCCGUACCAGCGCGGAACCCGACCGAUCGAGCAGAUCGACAACGGGGCACUGUACUACCGCCAAUACUUCUUCGGCCAGGAGCACCAGAACUGGUUCGGCAUGGACGAGCACCUGGGGCCGGUUGCGAUCUCGAUCAAGCGCGAAAAGCUACACCCAAAUCCAACGCAAACGCUGGCCCUGCACGGUUCGGACGUGGCCCCGACGACGACGCACCCGAGCGAGCAGUACCUUUACCGGCUGAUCGUGCGCACAUCGGAGCUGCUGACGCUGCGCGGUUCCGUCAUCGAGGACUCGAUCCCGAACGGGCGCGGAUCCGGCAAGCACGUCAAUACCAAAGAAAUUCUCGAGUACGUCGCACCGGAAGUGCAGAUCAACUGCCUCCGGCUGGCCGUCAGCACGGCCCAGUGCGAGCAGCAGCUGCUGAAGCUGGACGAGCAGGGCCUAACGAACAAGUACAAGGUCGGCAUCCUGUACUGCCGGGCGGGCCAAUCGUCCGAGGAGGACAUGUACAACAACGAGGAAGCGGGGCCGGCUUUUAACGAGUUCCUCGACACGAUCGGAACGCGCGUCCGGCUGAAGGGUUUCGAGCACUACAAGGCCGGGCUGGACAACAAGACCGACUCGACGGGGACACACUCGCUGUACGCGGCGCACCAGGAGUGCGAGAUUAUGUUCCACGUCUCGACGAUGCUCCCGUUCACGCCCAACAACCGGCAGCAGUUGCUGCGCAAACGGCACAUCGGCAACGACAUCGUGACGAUCGUGUUCCAGGAACCGGGCGCUCACCCGUUUACGCCCAAGAACAUCCGCAGCCAGUUCCAGCACGUGUUUAUCAUUGUGCGCGCGGUCCAACCGUGCACCGAGCACACGCAGUAUCGGGUGGCGGUGUCGCGCUCGAAAGACGUGCCCGUCUUUGGGCCACCGGUCCGGGCGGGGUCACAUUUUCCGCGCGGUAAACAGUUUGCCGAGUUUCUGCUCGCCAAAGUGAUUAACGCCGAGAAUGCGGCUCACCGAUCCGUCAAGUUUAUGAUGAUGGCAAUCCGAACGCGGCAGGAGUACCUGAAGGAUCUGGCCACCAACUACUGUACGGCCACGGUCGUCGAGACGGGGCAGAGGUUUUCGAUUUUCCCCAGCAAGAAGCGCGAACGGACAACGAAGCCACGGUUCUCGGGUGACCUAUCGCAGCGGGGUGCCUUCUGCUGGCAGGUGGUCCUGCAUGAUAGUGGCCAGGCGACACAAGUGGACUGCUUUCUGGGUAUCUCGGCCGAAACGUUCGUGCUGAUCGAGGAGUGCACACGGCAGAUCAUCUUCGUUACGCCGUGUAAGGCCAUCCUGGGUUGGUCGACGAGCCAGAACGCGCUCCGGGUGUACCACCAUCAGGGUGAGUGCGUGACGCUCAACAUGCGCGACACGGGCGAUCGGGACGAGCAGCUGGAGGUGAUCGAACGGUUGCGUGCGGUCACGAACGGGUGCGGUGCCCUCGAGCUCGGUUUGCGCCGCAAUCCGAUGGGACAGCUUGGGUUCCACGUGCAACCGGACGGGGUCGUGACGCAGGUGGAAAUAUCGGGCCAAGCGUGGGCCGCUGGACUGCGCCAGGGCUACCGGUUGGUCGAGAUCUGCAAGGUAGCCGUGGCGACCCUGUCGCACGAUCAGAUGGUCGAUCUGCUGAAGACCUCGGCCCAGGUGACGGUGACGGUCAUUGAAUCGUUUGCCGAUUUUGCCCCCCGACGUGGCUGUACGCUCCAGAACUGUCGCUUCAAUGCGAUGAACUACGAGAACGACUACGAAACGAUGCUUCUCGAGGGAGGUGGCGGUGGGAAGCACGGCGGUAACGGUAACGGUGGUGGUGGCAGCGCCAAAAAGGGUCUUCCCAGUGGACAGUUGCAGUCUUCGGCCAGUCACCGGCGACGGUAUGAGCGCAACUUUUCGCCACCACGAUCGAGCAACAGUUCGGGUUACGGCACCGGAAGCAGUAGUCGAUCGUUCACGGCGGCCGGCGCCGCCGCCGCCGGUGGACAGCAGUUGGUGGCUGCGGGGGUCACUAAUGGAACCGGCAACCACACCGAUAUGAUGGGCACACUGACGUCUUCGUCGAGUGGCCACUCGUCGAACGAUGAGCGUUGGUACGAUGUGUUGGAUCCACCGCAGGAAAGUCCCUCGUCGAUGAUGGGCGGAACGGCGGGGCCUCCGACGGUGAACGACGGAGCCGCGUCUGGAGCUGCCAACUACCACCACCCGAAGCUGACGGCUUCGAGCAACUCGCUGCCACUGGCCGGAUCGAGCCCGCGGCCCUUGUCGUUGCACAACGAAUCCGGCGGAUCGCGCGGAGGCUCAACGCACGCCCUGACAAACACGGGCCGUGACAGUUCGGCCAACGUGGCCCUGCUGAAGCGGCUCAUCAUUGCCGACGCGCCAAAUGGUGCACCGGCGGACGGCGGUGGCCACGUGACGUCCCCACAGCAAAUGCACCAGCACCAGCAAAUCGGUCACCAGCAAGUGUCGGGCCAGUUGCCGCAGGAACCACUGUACAGUAGCUCGCUGAAGAACCUUUCCAAUCACCAUCUGAGCGCCACGGAGGAGGAAAACCUUUCGCGGCACAAUUCCCCAUCGCAGUUGAGACGAUCCGCAACGACGACGAACAUUUACGGGAUCGCCGGAAAGAAACCGACGACGUCGGGUAGCAGUGCUUCGAGUAGCCGUAACAACAGCCCCCGGCCGAACGGUGAAACCAAGCUCCGGAGCGGCGUUAUGAAGGGACAGCUGCAUCCGCAGCGCAAUAGUGUCAACUACACCGGCAGCACCCUUCAGGAGGACCUCAUGAAGCUGAUCAACCCAGACUAUAUCGCGAACGAUGACAACUUCCACUCCGGAGCCGGAGGCGGUGGCAUGGAGAGGAUGCAGAAAGGGCACCAGAAUAGCCACAGUUUGGGCAACAUUGCCAGCUUGACGGGCGGGCUGAAACCGAUCCCGCAGAAAAGUCGCUCCCGGGAGGCCAUCAACCUGGGUUCGAGCCAACAACUGUCGGCGGCGGCCACGAACGGCGGCCUGAAGCUCACCAAUGGCGGUGGCACGAGCAGCCCGAGCGUGACGUCGGGCGAGGAGGAGGUCAUCUUUACGACGGCUCGCCCGGCGACCGUCGUUUCAUCGAACAGCUCCAGUCCGGCCAGUGAGCUGCUGGGCCAGAGGCAUCACCAGCUGCAUCUGAACGAGGAUCAUCUGAAGAUCGUGUCUCCGAACCGCAGACAGCAGCAGUACGGUGCUGCCGCCGGUGCAGGAAUCUUGAAGAAUGGUGGAUCGCCGGGUGGAGGAGGAAGCAGUUUGAUGCCGCCACCACCGCCACCGACGAACGGAGCUGGUGGAGGUAAAAUUCCGCUCCCGGACAUGAAGGAGAUGGAUUGGAGCAGUUUGGUGGACACGGCAACCAAAGCAAUGACACAGUUCACAGAAACCGUGGCCAAAUCGCACCCGGGAAGUAACGUUUACUACGACGACAUCAGCCAGGUGCUGAACGGAGUGCACCAUCUUCAGCAGCAGCAACAGCAACAGCAACAGCAGCAACAGCAGCAGACGAACGGUGUCAAUGGCGGUAGCAGCAGUAUCAGCGGAACCGGAAGCAGCAUCGGUAGCGGAGUGGACCUUUCAUCGUCCACCCCGAGUUCCGCUUCGCCCGUAUCGACCGGCAGCAGUAGCGCCCAGCAACAAGCGCUGAUGGCGCUGCAGAACAGCUCCAGUCUGCCGGAGCUGCAGUGCCAAGUGAGCCAGCUGUCCGAUCGGGUACUGCGGGAACAGCGCCGUCGCCGCUCGCUGGAGCACGCCGUCCGCAAGCUGACGGAGGAAAACCGACGGCUGCAGGAUGAAAGCCAAGCGGCCGUCCAGCAGUUGCGCCGCUUUACCGAGUGGUUUUUCCAAACGAUCGAUCGACAAUCGUAAAACACCAAACACCAACAGUCCUAUUCUGUUCUGUGUGUCACACGUGGCUCCAAAAUUGUUGCCCGCCGCAGGGGCACGUGUCUUCCAAAGCGUGAUGAUCUUAUAAAUUCCUUUCGUUCACAUCCAAUGACCAAAAAAGCGUGCGUACGCGAGCGAAACAGUGUUAAACGGAACUAUAAAUUUACAAUUUACAAAAAGCACCUACGAGGUGUCUUUAUUAUACAUUAAGGAGGGCAGAAUCGAAGGCGAGAGCACCAGUAUAAAGUUAAACAUUACAUUAUACACCAUCGGGGAAGCGUCGGUCGGGGGACGACGGAACGAAUUUUGUGUGGCAAAUGUUUGGAGACCGUUUUUUUGCUACUUCUUUAUCUACUAGACUUAAAGCGCCGUUCGUUCUCAUACCUUAGAUAUACCGUAAUCUAUACACAACAUGACA